AUCCUUCUUUAUAUCUAAUGAGAACAUUUUGAUUUUGAAGAGCUAAGUUAUAGAAAGAGCGAAAGAUUUCGUUGAUUUAUACUAGCAGUGUAGAUACCAGAUGGGAUUAAAAAAACUAUUUCAUUCAAAAAGCCAAUCUUCCUUCAACAAGUCUAAGCUAAGUAGGUUAUUCGGGGGUGAUGGUGGCAGCAGCAAACCAGAUGAGUUUGAAUAUGUUUUGAAAUUGAAAGUAACCACAUCACCAGAGAGAAUUGAGAAGAUCAAACAUGACAUAAAUAACUAUCACAAUUUGGUUCUAUUCCGUAAAUUCAAGGAAAAUCCCAAUCAACAGUUUUUCAAGACGUCUAACUUAUUUGAUAAGUCCAAUAAGGGAAUUUUGAUAGUAUUGAGUGAAAAUGCAGGACUAUCUACUAAUAUUUAUGGAAGGUUUUUUCCAGAAACAAUCGAACUAAUUCAAAAAAAUAUCUCAGAGGUUUAUUGGGUUGAGAAUUAUAAUAAUGAGGAUUUAAAUGAAAAAAUAUUGUCAACUAAUGACGACUCCAACGAAAUUAAAGUCUUUGGUUAAUUACUAAAUCUAAAUUAUAAAAAUUCUAGUUUAAGCUUAAUUUUCAAUAUCAUUAUUUUAUGAUUAACAUUUAAUAUUGAACCUGCUGGAUAUUUAUAUUGAUUAUGAUUGGUUUCUGUUUUGGUUGUUUUUUUUUCAUUUCCUUUUAAUUCAUUAUUUUAUUAAUAUGUUCAUAUCGG